GAAAGGGCGGUUUGAUACUAUUUCAAAAAUGGCGACGGGAAGCACCGACUUUUACCUCCGAUAUUAUGUUGGACACAAAGGAAAAUUUGGACAUGAAUUCCUUGAAUUUGAGUUUAGACCAGACGGUAAACUACGAUAUGCCAACAACUCAAACUACAAAAAUGACACAAUGAUCAGAAAAGAGGCUUAUGUCCACAAGUCAGUCAUGGAGGAGCUGAAACGAAUCAUCGAGGACUCCGAGAUUAUGCAAGAAGACGACAACUUGUGGCCAGCACCAGACAGAGUGGGCAGACAAGAGCUGGAGAUUGUGAUUGGAGAUGAACAUAUUUCUUUCACGACAUCAAAGAUUGGCUCCCUUGUUGAUGUCAACCAGAGCAAAGAUCCCGAGGGAUUGAGAACCUUCUACUACUUGGUACAAGAUCUGAAGUGUCUUGUCUUCUCUCUCAUCGGUCUACACUUCAAAAUUAAGCCCAUCUAAGCCCAUCCGGACACCUUUCAUUCACAUUACUGUCGUUUUAUGUCAUUUUAGUCUCAUCAUUUUACAUGUAAAUAAACAGAUUGAACAAAA